CCAGACAUAAACGAGUGUAACGUAGGAAAACACAGCUGUGACGUCACUAGUUCUGUGUGCUAUAACACUAAAGGAUCCUUCGCGUGUGCUUGCAAGGAAGGUUAUUUUAAAGAUGGAGAAGAUAAAUGUACAGGUAAGUAACACUUCAAGAUCCCUUAAUUGAAACACUCAGAUAUUUCGUAGCCACGUUUCUUUCACAUCAAUUUCCUCUGUUCAAAAGUGGUUUUUCACUAGAUUCUCCUUAAUUUAAGUCUCGUUAAUUUCCAUAAUACCUUUUACCAGUACUGAUCCCAGAGCAUUAUUUUCAUGUAUUAAUAAGUGAGAUAUAUUAUUGUAAUUCUAAUAGGCCAUUUUCGAGUUGACUCGAGCUUCUGUCUUAAAACGAGGCGAAGUGCGAAGCCCUUUUGAUAUGAAAAUUAGUUUUAAAGCUUAAGGAGAAAGGUUUGAGGAUUGACCUCGUUUUGAAAAUGAAAAUUGAUCCCAUGAAAUGGCUGUUAUGGUAGGCCACAGUAAUUGCUGUGAAAGAAAAAGGAAAUCAGCUUUGAUCAUUCAGUGCCUGACUUCUUUUUUGCAGAUAUAAAUGAGUGUAAAGCAGGAAAGCACAACUGUGCUGCAGACGCUAAUUGCCAAAACACUAAAGGGUCCUUUGUGUGCAUCUGCAAGCCAGGGUAUUCUGGGGAUGGAGUUAGCUGCACAGGUGAAAACAAUACCUCGGUCUUCUUUACAAAGAAUCUUUUUCUAAUCAACUCUAGUUAUGUCGCAUUAAAGCCAAGUUCAGCCACAAGGUAAUAUGAAGCUUAGUCCCUAGAGCUGUAAUUGGUUCUUUCUGCUUAAUAAUAAGUAUCGAAAUGCCCUUGCAUACUGCUAAUAGUUUGUGAUUUGCACUAUCUGUAUGCAAUUUUAGCCAUUUUCGAGUUGACUCGAGCUUCUGUCUUAAAACUAGGCGAAGUGCGAAGCCUUUAGUUGAUAUGAAAAUUAAUUUUAAAGCUUAA